AUUCAGUAUAAAAUGAACUGAAACACAUUUAGUUAACAGGCGAUAAGAAAUGAAGCGAUUACUGGCGAUUUUUAGCGCGUUUUCCUUUAUUUGCACCUCAUUUUCGCAGACUACGCAAAAUAUUAACGUUUUACUCAUCAAUGAAGAAAACAAUGCACUGGCUGAAAAGGCGUUUGAAGUUGCAAAGGAGUAUGUAAGGCGCAAUCCUAGUUUAGGCUUAGCGGUUGAUCCAGUCAUCGUCGUAGGCAAUCGCACGGAUGCUAAGGCAUUUCUAGAAAAUGUUUGCAGAAAAUACAACGACAUGCUAUCCGCCCAGAAAACCCCACAUAUCGUGUUAGAUUUCACGAUGACCGGAGUCGGAUCGGAGACUAUAAAGUCGUUCACCGCGGCGCUCGCUCUGCCAACAAUUUCUGGAUCUUUCGGCCAAACUGGGGACUUGCGACAGUGGCGCAGUCUAACCGCGAACCAAACGAGAUUUCUCCUUCAAGUCAUGCCCCCAGCGGAUGUUCUACCUGAAGCAAUAAGGGCUAUUGUAACUAAGCAAGAUAUAACAAACGCUGCUAUUAUAUUCGACGAGUUCUUUGUUAUGGACCACAAGUACAAAUCCUUGCUCCAGAACAUUCCUACGCGCCACGUGAUCACACCAGUAAAAAGCUUCAGCAAAGACGAAAUAAAGACGCAACUAAGAAGUUUACGAGAAUUAGAUAUAGUCAACUUCUUUGUUGUUGGAAGUUUGAGGACCAUAAAGAAUGUAUUGGACGCUGCUAAUGACAACCAGUAUUUUGGGAGAAAAACUGCUUGGUUUGCUUUGUCUCUGGACAAAGGGGACAUUAGUUGCGGUUGCAAAGACGCGACCAUUGUCUACAUGAAACCGACGCCCGACGCGAAAAGCAGAGAACGCUUAGCGAAAAUAAAAACUACGUACAGCAUGAAUGGGGAGCCAGAAAUUACCUCUGCGUUUUAUUUCGAUCUGUCUUUGAGAACGUUUUUAGCCAUCAAAUCACUGCUGGACUCUGGCAAGUGGCCAAAUGACAUGAAAUAUAUCAGUUGCGACGACUACGAUGGCAAGAACACGCCUAACAGGACCUUGGAUCUUAAAACCGCAUUUCAAGAGAUAAAAGAAACUCCAACAUAUGCUCCCUUUUACAUACCCGAAGACGAUCCGAUGAACGGGCGAAGUUUUAUGGAAUUCAGCACAGACCUAACAGCAGUUACGAUCAAAGACGGGGCAUCCAUAGGCAGCAAGUCCUUGGGAUCAUGGAAAGCUGGUCUCUUGAACCCCUUAUCGCUGACCGAUCCAGAUAACAUGAGCGAUUACUCAGCUCAGUUGGUUUACAGAAUUGUGACUGUCGAGCAACAACCUUUCAUCAUCAGAGACGAUGACGCACCAAAAGGUUUCAAAGGUUAUUGCAUCGACCUGAUAGAGGAGAUUCGUCAAAUAGUGAAAUUUGACUACGAGAUAACCUUGACUCCUGACGGAAACUUUGGCACUAUGGACGAAAACGGCAACUGGAAUGGGAUAAUAAAGGAAUUGAUUGAGAAACGAGCUGAUAUCGGCUUAACCUCAUUAUCAGUGAUGGCGGAAAGGGAGAAUGUGGUGGAUUUCACCGUACCGUAUUACGAUUUAGUUGGGAUUACCAUAUUGAUGAAACUGCCGAGGACGCCGACGUCACUGUUCAAAUUCCUGACAGUUUUAGAGAAUGAUGUCUGGCUGUCUAUUUUGGCCGCAUAUUUCUUCACUAGUUUCCUCAUGUGGGUGUUCGACAAAUGGAGUCCAUACAGUUAUCAAAAUAAUCGAGAGAAGUACAAAGAUGAUGAAGAGAAGCGAGAGUUUACGUUAAAAGAGUGUCUAUGGUUUUGUAUGACGUCACUUACUCCUCAAGGAGGAGGGGAGGCGCCGAAGAAUCUCUCUGGACGUCUCCUGGCUGCUACAUGGUGGCUUUUUGGUUUUAUCAUCAUAGCAUCCUACACCGCUAACUUGGCUGCCUUCCUGACUGUGUCCCGACUGGACACACCUAUAGAGUCAUUGGAUGACCUGUCAAAACAGUACAAAAUACAGUACGCGCCGCUUAACGGAUCUGCCGCUAUGACGUAUUUUGAAAGAAUGGCUAACAUUGAAGUGCGAUUUUAUGAGAUAUGGAAGGAAAUGAGUCUAAACGAUAGCCUGAGUGACGUGGAACGCGCUAAAUUGGCUGUUUGGGACUACCCUGUGUCGGACAAGUACAGUAAAAUGUGGCAAGCUAUGAAAGAGGCUGGUCUCCCCAACUCUAUAGAGGAGGCUGUAGAUAGAGUCCUAGAGUCCAAGAGCUCCAGUGAAGGGUUCGCAUGGUUGGGAGAUGCAACUGACGUCAGAUACCAUGUGCUUACAAGUUGUGACUUGCAAAUGGUUGGCGAUGAGUUCUCCAGGAAGCCGUACGCUAUCGCAGUUCAACAGGGAUCUCCUUUGAAAGACCAGUUUAAUAAUGCCAUACUACAGCUGCUGAACAAAAGAAAACUGGAGAAGCUAAAGGAGAAUUGGUGGAACAACAAUCCGAAUGCUAUCAAAUGCGAGAAGCAAGAUGAUCAGUCAGAUGGUAUUUCCAUACAGAAUAUUGGUGGGGUUUUCAUAGUCAUCUUCAUGGGAAUUGGCUUAGCUUGCAUCACGUUGGGAGUCGAGUACUGGUGGUAUAAGUGGAGGAAGCGACCUAUUAUUGGUGAUGUUACCCAGGUCGAACCAGCAAAAACUGUGAAAAACCAUACGGGUGUCGCAAAUAAACAUGGAGAAGGAUUCACAUUUCGUUCGAGGAACUUGGGUCUGGCUAAUUUGAAACCUAAAUUUUAAAUUCUUUUUACUUAUAAAAGAUGUAGGUAUUUUCGUGUGUUCAAUUACUUUAUACAAGUUAUAAAUCAUAAAUGAUCUCAAUUUAUUUAAGGUAAUAUUAAUUUAAAUCUUUUUAAUAUUUUAAGCAUAUUUCAUUAAUGUACAGU